GGGGACGCGCUGGAGGUGACGGUGACGGUGACGAACCGCGGCGAGAGCUCGCUGGGGCCCGGCGUGGCCCUGAGCCACCCGCCCGAGCUCAGCUACAGGAAGGUGCAGGUGCUGCAGUCCCAGCCCCGCUCGGGGUCCCUGCGCUGUCACUCGGAGCCGCCGCAGGGGCGGGGCCGGCGCACGCGGUGCCACCUGCAGCCACCUGUGCUGAGGGCGGGAGCGCAGCCACCCGUGCUGAGGGCGGGGGCGCAGGCAGGUGAGAGAGACAGGUGCCCCCAGGUGACCCCGCCCUGUCCCCGCAGUGCCAAUGGCGGCGCAGGUGGGCGGAGCCAGAGCGCGACCAUCCCGGUCAGGUACCAGGUGUUCGUGGUGAUCGACAGCGCCCCCGACUCCACGCGUUACCUGAACUUCAGCACGGGGGGAGCCCCGCCCCCCUCGGCCCCCGUCACCCACCACUACCAGGUGAAGGUGCUGGGGCGCCGCCCCCUCCCGGCCAACGUCACCUUCCGGGUCCCGUCUCACCUGGGCCAGGUGCAGCUCUGGGAGCGCCUGGAGGUCACACCUGAGCAGGUAAC